AUGAAUAUCUUUCGUUUCUUAGGGGAUUUUUCCCAUUUGGGAGCUAUUAUUAUUUUAUUACUUAAAAUUUGGAAAACACGUUCAUGUGCUGGUUUAUCUGGCAAGAGUGUUUUACUCUAUGCUAUAGUAUUCACAUGUCGUUAUCUUGAUUUAUUUACUCAUUUUAUUAGUUUAUAUAAUUCGGUUAUGAAAAUAAUUUAUCUUGUUUCAACAUAUUUUACACUUUAUUUAAUUUAUCGUAAAUUUAAAGCAACAUAUGAUCGUAAUCAUGAUACAUUUCGUAUUGAAUUUUUACUUUUACCUUCAGUUGUACUUGCUUUAUUAUGGAAUCAUGAAUUUUCGGUAUUAGAAGUCCUUUGGACAUUUUCAAUUUAUCUUGAAUCUGUUGCUAUACUUCCUCAAUUAUUUAUGGUUAGUAAAACACAUGAAGCCGAAACUAUCACAAGUCAUUAUUUAUUUGCAUUGGGUAUUUAUCGAUUUUUCUAUAUUCUUAAUUGGGUUUAUCGUUAUUAUACGGAAAAUUUUAUUGAUUGGAUUUCAAUUGUAUCUGGUGUUGUUCAAACAGUUCUUUAUUGUGACUUCUUCUAUCUUUAUAUAACUAAAGUUUUGAGAGGAAAGCACUUGACGUUACCAGCAUAA